GUGGUCUACACUCCAAUGAGCAGGGUCACCGUCUGCCACUAGACAUCUGACUACAGGACCUAUGGACACAGCUCAUCGUCUCAACAGCCAGACCCUCAGCAACACUCUGACCACUGCCUGAACCCCUGUCUCAGCCAUGGACAACAGCUCUUGCGCACUGAAUGUGCCCUGCAACAUCUCACUGAGAAAUGGCAUUGGAAUUGGCACCGUGGUGAAAAUCCGUGGAUCUGUUCCUGAUAAUUCUGACAGAUUUGAAAUAAACCUGGCAACCAGCAAUUGUCCAGAUCCUGACUUAGCUCUGCAUUUCAACCCCCGCUUUGAUGAGAACAAGGUGGUCUUGAACACCAAGGAGAACGGUGUUUGGUGCAGAGAGGAAUGUAGAAAUUGUGUCCCCUUCCUCCGCGGGCAGGGCUUUGAGUUGAUGAUCAUCCCAAAGCAAGAAGGCUUCCAGAUUGUGGUAGGAGACCAGGAAUAUUACCAUUUCUGUUACCGGAUCCCUCUGUGUGAAGUGUGCAGGUUGGAGGUGAGAGGGAAGGUGAUGCUGGAGUCGGUGAGCAUCUUCUGAGCCCAAGAGAUGAGAGCAGGCAGGAUGGAAUCUGGUCUUGGAUGCAAAUAAAGUCUUAACUCGCAGCACA